AAAUUGAGCUUUUAUCAUCGUCCAUUAAUAAAUAUACAUAAAACUAGAAUGUCUCUUGAAGCUGCCUCCAUUCCUGUGUUGAUUAUUACGACUCAAGAUUCAACAUCUUCUAACUUGAAGCGAUCUUAUACAAACUUUGCUCCUAGCAUUUGGCAUGAUACUUUCCUUCACUAUGCUGAUCCACAAUCAUUGGAAAUCAAUGAAAUUCUGAAGGAAAAAGUUCAAGUACAUAAAGAAAAAGUGAAGAUGUAUUUAUCUUCUAAUGAUAAUAUCUCACAAAAAUUAAAUAUUAUUGACUCAAUUCAAUGUUUGGGUUUAUCUUACCAUUUUGAACGUGAAAUUGACGAAAUAUUAGCACAAAUUCACUUUCAUUUUACCAACAAUAGCCUUGGUACAAAGCAAAGUAGCCUUUAUUUUCUUGCAUUAUUCUUUCGUUUGCUUCGACAAAAUGGAUAUCAUGUUUCUUCAGAUAUAUUUAACAAAUUCAUCAAGAACAACGAAGGAAAAUUCAAUGAAAUCAUUACUCAAGAUGUUGAAGGAAUGUGGAGCUUGUAUGAAGCUACACAACUAAGGGUUCAUGGAGAGAAUAUAUUAGAAGAAGCACAUAAUUACACAUACACUAAUCUAAAGUCCAUUACCAAUCAAUUGAGUCAAUCUCUUGCUGAACAAACCAAUCGGAGCCUAAAGCAACCUCUUCACAAGGCAGUUCCAAGGAUAGGAGCAAGGUCAUACAUGUCUUUUUAUGAAGAAGAUCCUUCUCAUAGCAAAUUUCUUCUGACCUUUGCAAGAUUAGACUUCAAUUUGCUACAAAAAUUACAUCAACAAGAAUUAGGCAAUAUCACCAAGUGGUGGAAGAGAUCAGAAUUUGCAACUAAGGUGCCAUACAUCAGAGAUAGGGUGGUUGAGGCAUUCUUUUGGCCAUUCGCCAUGUCCUCCGAACCUAAUUACAGCACUACAAGAUGCAUGAUAGGCAAAUUUGGUGCAUGUAUCUCUCUUGUUGAUGAUACUUAUGACGUCUAUGGCACAGUUCAAGAACUUGAACUUUUCACAGAGGCCAUCCAAAGAUGGGAUAGUAGUUGCAUUGCAUCUCUUCCAGAGUGUAUGAGAGUGGUGUUUAAUGCAAUUAUAGAACUCUUCGUUGAAAUAGAGUCGUUGAUUAUUGACAGUGGAAAGUCAAACUUGGUGUUGCAACAUGUUAAACAGGCUUUUUCCAACAUGGCACAUGGUUACAUGGUUGAAGCAAAAUGGUGUGAUGAGGGCUAUAUUCCAACGUAUGAUGAGUACAAGGUCAACGGAAUAUUGACUUCCGUAUACCCAUUUCUUGUAACAACGUUCAUUGCUUUGGGAGAAUUUGCAACCAAAGAAAUGUUUGAUUGGGUCUUCAAUGUUCCAAUAAUCUUAAAAGCUGCAACAUUUAUUUGCAGACUUACCAAUGACUUGGCCUCACAUAAGUUUGAGCAGCAAAGGAAACAUGUUGCUUCCGCGGUGGAAUGUUGCAUGGAGCAAUAUGACAUUUCUCAAGAACAGGCUUAUGAAGUCAUUAAUAAGGAAAUCAGUAAUUGUUGGAAAGAUGUAAAUGAAGCGUACCUCAACUCACAUGAUAUCCCAAAACAUGUGCUUGAUUCUAUAGUUAAUUUGGCACGCAUAAGUGAGUUUAUGUAUGAAAACUUUGAAGAUAAAUACACCAACAAUGAACUUCUAAAGAAUUACGUUGCUACGUUGUUUUUGGAUCCCAUCGUCAUCUAGCAUUUCUCCGAGAAAACUGCUGUUCAGAGAUUUAUUGGGUAUCAACUUAAAAGCAUCAUGUCAUUCAUGUGUUAUAUUGUAUGUCUUCUCAUUGUUUAAGCUUUAUUUUCUUGCGACAUUUUAAUUUGGUUUUUUUUUUUUCUGUAUUUUAUAAUCGUUAAAUUAAAGUAUGUACAAAUAAAAAUGCAAAUUAUAUACAA